AUGUCUACCGAGCAUCGUAAAUCAUUUUCUAAUGGACCCAUUUUGGGCGGUACAGAAAGUCAAGAGAAGGCCAUCGAGGAGUUGAAGGAUUGCUUCAAACUAUCCACGGAGCAGUUGAAAGGGUUUAGAAAUAACCUGAUAGAGGAAAUGAAAACGGGUUUAGAAUCAAAUGAAUCUAAUAUGGCUAUGCUGCCUUCAUGGAUCUUUAAACAUCCCACCGGCCAAGAAACGGGUGAAUAUCUUGGUUUAGAAGUGAGCGGUUCUAACGUCCGCGUCUAUCUUGUCAACUUACAUGGCCAAGGGCGUAUCAGCACUCGUCAACAGAAAUACGUGAUACACGAUCCAUUGAAGAAAGGAUCGAUCCAGAACAUGAUUGAUUUUCUCGUCGAAAGCGUAGAUUCGUUUUUAAGCUUUGUGGGUAAAUAUGAAAUCAAGUCGCCUUUAGCCCUCGGUUUCGUCCUCUCUUUCCCUCUCGAGCAGAGCGCGUUGAAUAAGGCUGUCGUCAUCCAAUGGACCAAAGACUUUGAGAUCACGGGUGCCAACAACAAGAACAUUGCUGAGCUUUUACAGACUGGAUUUAAGCGUCGUCAUAUCAACAUCAACGUCGAGGCUGUCGUGAACGGAGCGGUCGGGUGUCUCUUGGCUCACAGUUAUCGAAGCCUGGAUACGCUGGUUGCAUGCACCAUCAGCACAGGUACAAAUGCUGCAUACUGGGAACAAGUCAGCGAAAUCAAAAAGUACAAUACGCAAUCACCUCCCAAUGGAGAUGGCGAGAUGAUCAUCAACACAGAAUGGGGAAGCUUUGGAGACAAUAACCUUGCGUUCUUGCCACGUACCUUUUAUGAUAACCGUCUGAACCGUCAAUCAGUCAAUCCUGGUAUUCAUGUGUUUGAAAAGAUGGUCUCUGGUCUCUAUCUCGGUGAGAUUGCGCGUCUGAUCAUGGUCGAUUUUCUUGAUCGUCGCUUGCUCUUUGACGGACAGUAUUCGACCGAACUGAACACACCUUACUUCUUUGAAGCGUCUUAUAUGAGCGCGAUUGAGUCGGAUGAUUCAGUCGAUUUAGAAGAAACAAAGCAUAUCUUGGAAUCUAUCAUGAACAUUUCAUCCACCACUCUGACCGAUCGUCAGAUUGUCAAGACGAUUUGUGACCUUGUGGCCCGUCGUGCUGCUCGAUUGGUCGCUGCUGCUAUCAGUGCCAUCAUCGAUAAGAAGGAUGCGCUCGAACAAGGAUUGACGAUCAGUAUGGAAGGCUCUGUCUGGGAACACUUUCCCAACUUCCCAAGAAGAGUGAAUGAUGCAUUAAAGGCGCUCUAUGGUGAACGAGUGAAUCAUAUCAACAUUGGUAUCACUCGUGAUGGACAUGGCAUUGGUGCUGCACUGGCUGCUAUGAUUGCCAUCACUCAAAGAAAACAAUAA